UGGAAGAAAACUAAACAACGACGACAUGCCAAGAAGCAAGGACCUUUGGUUUUCAUCGGCCUGGGUCUUUUACCUGGCUGAGAGCUCACCCUCCUCGACACAACAAUGGGCUUACUACGCAGACCGCAGCCUGUUUCCGGCAAACGACGCAUUUUAUUACAAUACACAAUGGCUAACUUCCAUAUUUACACGACAGAGACGUAUACUUAUUUAUUUUUGUAUCAAGCUCAACUAGUUCCCAGUGGCACACAUGGAGAUAAAGCUAAUUUAUUUUUCUUCGCCGGUGUUACGAAUACCGGAAGUAGGGCAUUUUUUUGUUAAGUGCAGUGGCCAUCCGCAUAGCCUCCGUCAGUCACUAGCUGGAGGUAGCUAGAUCAAACUCUGACUAGAACUAGGCAACCAACCAGUGAACUACCUGAAAUUGUAAAAAGAUGGUGAAAUAUAAAAAUAAAAAAAAUAGGGAGACCUGCCAUGCAUCACCUACAACGUACUUUCAGCAAGCGAGGCUUUGAAGUUCGCUCUUUUGGGACAGGGUCCCAUGUGAAGCUACCUGGUCCUGCACCGGACAAGCCCAAUGUGUACGACUUCAAAACCACUUAUGAACAGAUGUACAACGACCUGGUCCGCAAGGACAAGGAGCUAUACACACAGAAUGGAAUCCUGCACAUGCUGGACCGCAACAAGCGGAUCAAGUCCCGACCGGAACGCUUCCAGAGCUGUAAGGACCAGUUUGACCUGGUCAUCACCUGUGAGGAGAGGGUCUACGACCAAGUGCUAGAGGACCUGAGCUCUCGGGAGCAGGAGACUUUCACGCCGGUUCACGUCAUCAACGUGGACAUCCAGGACAACCACGAGGAGGCCACACUGGGGGCUUUCCUCAUCUGUGAGCUGUGUCAGUGUAUCCAGCACACGGAUGAUAUGGAAAACGAGAUGGACGAGCUGCUGCAGGAGUUUGAGGACAAGAGCAACAGGCCUUUCCUCCACACUGUCUGCUUCUACUGAUGCCCAUGCUACCAAAUCUGCAAUAUCAUAUGCCCCCUGACCAAACAUGCACGUUUAUACACAAACUCAUGCAUACUUCCAUAUACACUUACUGAUUACCUUUCACACACACAUCCUCUGCUGUUGGUCAGGGCUGAGGGGACAGGGAUGAAUGCGCUCAAGUAGGCAGGCUCAUCCCUCCUGCUCUGCCUUUCCUCCUCAGGGCCAAGGUGGGCCCAAGGUCCUCCCCCAUCCUACAGUGAAACCACUGACACGCCUUCCCACAAAGAGAAAUGCCCCUUUUUUUCAAACACGUCCUCCUCUACCUCUAAAGGAGGAUGUUUUUCUAAGUCUUGCACAGGGAUGCUGAUUGCUGCGCAACAAUGAAUUUAAUUCAUUUUUAAGAAUGAUGAAUAGAUAUUGUUUUUAUGAAGUAUGAUUUGUCACAUUUACUCUCGAUGGUGGAGAGUAGUAUUGUUGCCACGGAUGGGAUAGAGUUGAGACUGGUUAGGCAUGAAUGUGUGUGUGUGUGUGUGUGUGUAUACCAGUAGUUAAUUAGGAAUUCAUCAAAAUAGGGGGAUAAUGAACCAAAUAGAGACCACAAGGUUCUCUUUUGCCCUCGUUUCCAUUAUGUUUUGAUUCAUGUUUAAAAACUCAGAUCUGCUACCUUUUCAGGGUAAUAUUUUUUUUCUUUUGAAAACUGAAAAGAAUGAAAAUAUUGUAAUUAUUUGCAAGCUGAGAGUUCAGUCCAGAGUGCCUGAAUAUUUCUGUAUGUACAUAUGAAUCCAUUAAAUGAACAAACAUCUCUAGAAAAACUUGAUGAAUUGACUUAUUUUUAGUGCAUUGCACAGAUCCUGGAUACACCACUCUGCAUGCAGAUGGAAGAUUUUAAUUAACAAAUGUACCUUGUAAAGGUUCUAUAGCCCAAUGACCGCAUUCAUAAAGAUGGCAAAAAAUGUCCUCUUCCAUCUGCUGAUGUCCAUGGCAACAUGAUACUGUAUAUACCAUUUCAAAUAUGUGUUUUAUCCCAGGACUUUUUAUGCAGUUACCCAUGGCAUUAACAGCAUGCCCAAUAAAAAUGUUCAGUCCUGA